GUCCCUGGCUUGCUCUUCAAGCUCGGCGACCAAAGAAAAAGGGUGUUAAUUACCGAAGCAUUCAAGACAGCUUCUGUGUGAACUUGGUUUGGUCUUGAGAGAAACUUGCAAUACGGUUCUGUAAUCAGCAGUGUUUAGUUUAGUUUCGUUUCGAUUUCAUGGAGUUUGUAAUUGAAGAAGGAAAGCGAGUCCAUGAAGAAUGCUCGACUUUGAUUCUACCUGCAUUGUCAAUUGGGAACGUAGGGCAGCUAGCUGUUGAUCUUCUAGUGUCAUCUACUGCUGCUGAAAGAGUUGGUUAUCUCGAUGAUCCCAAUCUGCUUCCUUGUGUUGGCAAUGAUGCUUAUGGACCUCUUCCUUGUGGUGAUCUCGCUCUUCCUCUCGAGGUGUAUGAGUCAUCUUCAACUGCUAUUACUUUUGCUCAGCAACGGUCUCCUGUUGCAAAGGGAAUGAUGAUUAAAUUUGCGGAGAAUAUAGCAGAGUUUGCUGCUUCAAGUGGAAAGAAGCAUGUUAUUGUGCUUUCUAGUUUAGACUUCCAGAGGCUGCACAACUUGGAUUUGUCAAGAGGCCCACAGGUGUAUUAUCUGUCUAACGCCGAAUCUGAUGGAAGAGACGAUCACUGUGAAAGGCUCGGAUUUGGAAGAUUGGGCGAGUAUGAUCCAGAAGGAAGAUGUUGGAAGCAUCUUAGCUCUGUCUUUGACAAGAACAAUAAAGAAGAUCUGACUUUCCCUUCGGAAGAUGAGCUCGAAGACAUAGACUACUACCCAAGCUUGCCAUUUGCAGCUCUCUUCUCAGCUUUUAAGGCAAGAGGCUUGAAGGUGACAUGCCUGCUAUGUUACUGUUCUGAAGGAGACAACAUUCCUGAUGCAUUCCUUCUGGCAGAGGCUGCAUCUAAGCUUACGGGUUUAAGUCCUGACAAGUUCCACGGGGAAGAAGGUGGGAAGUGGCGGAUACCGUAUUCGUGGAAGAGUAUGUAUGGAGCUCCUCCUGAUAUGUCCAUGUUUUAAGACUGUUCUUGGAGCUCACAAAGUCAAGACAGAGGUUGUAGUAGUACAAGUGUGACAUUUGAGAUGGUUUUAAUCUGAGAGAGACCUCUUUUCUAGUUUCUUUCAUCAUCAAAUCUGUAUUACUGGAUAGCAAGUAUAAUUACUUUACUAGAAUGCCAUAUCCCUUGAAAGUC